AUGGCCGAAUCAAGAAAGAGAAAGUUGUCCGACUCCCUUCCCUCGGAUCCUCCUCCGUACGAGCAGACGUUUGACGUUAAACACUCCCACCUCGUUCAAUCCGUAGGUGCUCCCACGGUCUCGGAGUCCACCGUCAGCGCCGUAGCCACCAACGACCCUACUACACCCACGACACAGCAGGUUCAAGGAAAUGAUGAGAGCGCGGUGAGCGCCGCCGAGGUUCUUGCCAACUUAGCCCACUCGCCAGGCCCACCAGAGUCGAACCCAGUCUCGAGUGCAACAUCACCCAUGUCUACAACGUCGCUUGCGGACUUGGAAAGACAGCAGCAUCCGAUCGUGCUGUCUGUGAACGCGGUGAGUAAACUUCCUAUCGUCACCAACGCCGUCAAGUACUAUGAGGAUUCGAAGCGCAACUAUGCUCCAUUCAACUAUGCCGCAGGCAUUGUGGAAAAGGCAGCAAUGCCCGUUUUCAACAAAAUUGAGGUAAAUUUGAACAGUAUGCACCAGGCAAGGCUACAUGAGGCACGCAAGCAAAAGAAACGUCGCGUUGUGCUGCCCGCUGAGAAGAACGAAACAAAGAAGCGCUUGAAGUUUUGCUUGCACAUCUUGAAACUUGCCAAUAGGCACAUUAAUGACAAGGUUGGCUAUCUUCAGCAGGCAAUAGAGACGCGUGAAGUUCCGGAUGAUCAUAAGCACCAGGAACAGCUCUCCACGCCCAAACUGGAAGAAAAACAUGAUGAUACCCACCCACUAACGCGGCAGACGGAAUCUUCGCGGUCUGAGAGCGAGUUGACUGCUGUCAACUCGUCGAGACUGGAUGCUUCGUCCACCCCUGCUCCGGAUGCUCAAGAAACACAGACGGAAAUUGUCACCACUGUCAAGAAGAUCAUCCAUGUCAUUUCCAACUUCCGUCCAUCGUCCUUGUGCGCCGAGAAGGAUAGUGAAGAGGGUCCCGAUUCCGAGGACUACAGACUAAAAUCCACUAUCCGCGAGAUCAUUCUCAAUUUGCCGUAUCAAGUACAGCUGAGUUCGGCAGGGUCUUCGCAAACUAACGACAAGAUCGUCACGUUUGCCAAAGAAUCACUCAACAUGAUCAGUCGUUUAACGAUGGUGUUCAACAAUCAGCUAGAAAAGGCGGAAAGCUGGGUUGACGGAGAAGAGACGACGGAAGAAGGAUCUGGGCAAAACUACGAUAAGAAUGGGCAUGACGAAAAGGCUUUUGUCAAGGCAGAGGCCCUAGACGCAGUUAGACAGACCUAA